AUGUCUUCUUCACCAAAAUCAUCAUCUGAUGUUGUUCGCGUCGUUGAUGCCGCCAACGCGCCCACGUUUGAGUUCGGACACUCCGCCGGCAUCACCGUCGCGAAAGUCGUUCUCUCUCCUUCAAAUUUCAAAAAUGAUACGAACACUCCUCUUUCUUCUUCUUCUUCUUCUUCUGUGCACGUGGCGACGUGCGGGAACGAUGGGUACGUGGUCGUUCGCGACUUGAGUACCAAGGAAACUAUCGCGCAGCUCUCUUCUUCUUCUUCUAAAGAGAAGAAAUCGACGGAAGAAGAAGAAGAAGAAGAACAGAAACCCAUCAACGCGGUGGCGACGUUCCAGGACAAAUAUAUCGCCAUCGCGUCGGACGAUCACUCGGUGAAACUCUUCACGAAAGAAGAAGGAGGAGAAGAAGGGGAAAAGAAGAAGUGGCAGUUUAAGAAGAACAUCACGAGAUUUGCUCUGCCGGCAAAGUGCGUCGCAUUUUCCUCGGACGGUAAAUGGAUCGCCUGCGGGGGAGAGGACACCAUGAUUAAAGUCAUCGACGUGGAAACGAGUGAAAUCAAAUUUUCGUUAAAAAUACCUUCCAAAGGGAUUAAAAGUUUGCAAUUCAACGGCGAGAAUAAAUCGAUUUUAGUCGCCUCAGACGUGGAUGGGGUGAUGACCGUGUGGACGUUACAACCAGAUAACUCGGAUAAGACGGAUAAAAACGAUUACGACGAGCCUGGAGACGUGAAGUUGCGAGCGACGGUGUGUCCGGUGACGGAUAUCGACGCCGCGGAGAGCAUGAAUACGGUUUCGGUAAGAUUUGAUGGGAAAGUUGUCGCAGUCCCGGGGCGCGAGAACAACAUAGAGUUUUUCAAUUUGGAAACGUUCAAAGAGAUAGACGAGAGGAAGAAUCUGCAGUGCUCAGAUUUGGAACACGGCAACAAGGAAAACUUUUCGGUGGUGAGCUUUUCACCAAACGGGAAGUUUUGCUUCGCCGCCUCAAAGGACAAAAAGUGCAUCGUUUGGAACGUGAAAAAGAACAAGCCAAUCGUCGUGCUUAAUGUUAGCGAUACGAACGUGUGUUCCAUGGACUGGAUCGAAGGUGAAAAUGCUGUCGUGAUGACAAACGCAGAUGGGGAAUGGGCGAAGUGGGAAAAUGUUCUAUCAUCCAGCGAACUUAUCGCCGAGGGCGGUUCAAAGACGAACCCAUUUUUCCAAGCCACGAGCGCGGACGAGUUGAGAUUCUUUUCUAAUGAAGAAGAUUCCAAGUUUGCAACGAAAGAUGCGAUGCUCGACGGCGAGUUGGACGACGAUGAUGACAUGGAAGACGAUGAUGGAUUUGUGGAAGAAGAUGAAGAAGACGAGAAAGAAAACCGCAAAAGAGAACUUGGGCGGCCUAGCGCUACGGCGCACGUCUCUGCGCCGGUUAUCGUUGCGAAAGGACCGAAACCGCAAGGCUCUUUCCAAGUAAACUCGACUAAAGUGAAUCCGGAUACCGUUGGUGUUCAAAAGCGCAGAUUUCUUUGUUACAACACUCUUGGAAGCGUCGUAGCAACCGAAGAUACAAAUUCUGGUUUGAAAAAUGUCGAGAUGUCUUUUCACGAUACUUCCAGAGGUGGGCGCAUGCCUACAAUUACCGACGACGUAGGAUACGAUCUCGGCGUGUGUGGGGAAACCGGUGUUUUAUUAGCUGCGAAAUCGCAAAUUUUCUUCAAACCGUACGAGUCAUGGACAAAAGACUCAGAAUGGACCUUGGAAAUGCCGGAAGAUGAAAGACCGACGAGUAUUGCGUGUGGCGAUGAUUUCGUCGCGGUCGCUACUUCACAGAAUAUGCUUCGAAUCUUUACCUCCUACGGCGCACAGAAGGAAGUUCUCAACUUUGAAGGUCCGAUUGUUACGCUCGCGGCUGCUAACGAUUCCUUAGCGGUGUGUUACCGAGAGCAUUUUUCCGAGUGCAAGUUGAAGUUCAAAGUUUAUGAUGUCGAGAAGCGAAUAGAAAAGUACGCAGGAAACGUACCUCUUUCUUGUCCGGACUCGGAAGAGGCCGAUAAAUCCCAAGAGAAUAUCGUUCGCUUAACGUGGAUGGGCUUUGUCGAAAAUUCGAGCGAAAGCGCGCUCGCGAUCUGCGACUCUACUGGCAUCUGCAGAAUUUACUCCAAACAAACGUUCAGUGGAUCUUGGGUCCCUUGCUUCGAUUCGAAAAAAGCCAGAGAUUCUGAUUUAGAGAAGCAUUGGAUCGUGAGUUUAUCGAAUAAAGAGUGUAAAACUGUCGUCUGUAAAUCUGCGGAAUACGGUCCCUCGGUGAAUCCGAAACCAGUUUUGAGCAUUUUACCACUCUCUGUUCCGGCAUUACAGUUGGAAGGAUCGAGUUUUGACAUCGAGGAGAAGGGGUUGACUGCAAAGUUGGCACUCAAUGUGUGCAACGCCGCUGCUUCAGAGAAGCUCAGCAACGCGAAUGCCAAGCGAGCGCGAGACAGAGAGCUCGCGGAAGCCAAGGCAACUUUUGACAAGGCGAUGAUGAAAUGCCUGGUAGAAGCCGUGAAGGCUGAUAGAUUGGCACGAGCUGGAGAUAUUGCCGUCACUUUUGAGCGUCCGGCAAUGGUAGAUGCCGCAGCAAAGUUUGCCAAAGCCAUGAAGAAAUCCAACUUGGCCGAACGAAUUCUCAUGCUCGCGGAGGACGAAGACGACGAGGAAGAUUCCUCAGACGAUGAGGACGACGAGGAUUCCUCGGACGAGGACGAUGAAAAAGACGAUGGGGAGAAAGUUAAGGACGAUUUCGAGGCGGCAGCCAAAACUCCAGCUCCAAAACCUUCGUCUGUUGCGAAACAACAAAAAGUGCAAAAAGAAAACGUCGCAGUGGGAUCCUCUGGGAAGAAGAGAGACUCAUCAAAGUCAACGCCGUCUACUUUGAAGAAGAAAGCGCGCACGUCGGCUGGAGGGGAUAAGAAUCCGUUCGCUCGCAAGUAA